AGCCUCGCUUCAUCUCCUCGCGUGUCUGGCUCUGCGCGCUCGGCCUUGCGCCUCGGGCUGUUUCCCUCCGCGUCCGCCGUGCUUUGCUGUUUGCGGGUCUCGGGCGCGGGAGGCCGAUCGGGGCGCCGCUGAGGACCCCCAAGCUCCGGCCUCUGCGUCCCUGCUUUGGCGCGGGAGGGGGCGCCUGGUGCCGGUCCUGGUGCUCCCCGGCCCGGGGACCGACCCCCCGGCCUUGUCCCACCCCCAGGUAACGGGGAGGAUGACCACGCUCACGCGACAGGACCUCAACUUUGGCCAAGUGGUGGCGGACGUGUUGUGCGAGUUCCUGGAGGUGGCCGUGCACCUCAUCCUCUACGUGCGUGAGGUGUACCCGGUGGGCAUCUUCCAGAAGCGCAAGAAGUACAACGUGCCGGUCCAGAUGUCCUGCCACCCAGAGCUGAACCAGUACAUCCAGGACACCCUGCACUGCGUCCGGCCACUUCUGGAGAAGAACGAUGUGGAGAAAGUGGUGGUGGUGAUUUUGGAUAAAGAGCACCGCCCAGUGGAGAAAUUUGUCUUUGAAAUCACCCAGCCUCCGCUGCUGUCUGUCAGCUCGGACUCCUUGCUGUCGCACGUGGAGCAGCUGUUGCGAGCCUUCAUCCUGAAGAUCAGUGUGUGUGAUGCUGUCCUGGACCACAACCCCCCAGGCUGCACCUUCACGGUCCUGGUGCACACGCGAGAAGCUGCCACUCGCAACAUGGAGAAGAUCCAGGUCAUCAAGGACUUCCCGUGGAUCCUGGCGGAUGAACAGGAUGUCCACAUGCACGACCCCCGGCUGAUCCCCCUAAAGACCAUGACAUCAGACAUCCUGAAGAUGCAGCUCUACGUGGAAGAGCGAGCUCAGAAAAGCAGCUGAGGGUGCGCCUGCCAGCCCACUGAUGCUACAACUGUGAGACUUUGGGGGGGCUCCUCACCUCAGGCUGCGCUGCAGGGCCACCCUGACUCCAAGUGCUCUUAUUGCCUCUGUGGAGGGACCGCCCACCCUCAGGUCCGGGGCUUGUCUGGGCUGGUGGCCUUCACGGAGGAAGCCGCCGACACGGGCCGUGAAGAAUGCUGGGACCUCGGUUUCCUGGCCUCCUGGCUCAAGUCGGCCACUGCUGUCUCGAAUACUGUGCUGUGAGUUGUUUCAAUAAAGGGGCCCCAAGGGCUGAGCUG